AUGGAUGAGUCGGAGUUUGUCGUCGUGGAUGAGGAGCAUAAAGAAUCAGUAGAAUUUGACAACCUUGCGGAAGUUGUACAGGCAUAUGGAGCGGCGCGCGAAUCCCUUCUUAAGGGUGUCACUCUGUUGCAUGAUACAUUAAAUUUAAACAUGGAACUUGCCUUGAAGAAUACUCCGCCCGAUUUUGAAUCGAACUCGGAUGAUCUUAUGAGGCGCAUACUAGGAUCGGCACGUUUUUUAUUUCUCUGUUCAAAAUUGGUUGCUGUCAAGAAGGAGUACGAGGACUUGGCCAAUAAGUUCGAGAGUCUGAAUACACAAGGUUCACCUGAGUCUUCGGCUAAACUCGUACAUCUGGCUGGUGUCUUUGACCAAAUCGACGCCCUUCUUCCGCCCUCUUGUGAUGCUUCUACCGUCGGACCGAGCAAGACCGCUCCCACCGCUGAUGUGGAAGAGUUGUGCACUCGCGCAGAGAUCAUUCGGGAUCGUGUGAAGCUGGUUAUGGAGGCGCGACUCGGAUCUACCUCUGACUUGGGCCAACCAGAACAGCGUGACAGACCAGAUUUGGAGUCAAAUACUUCUUCAUCACCAAAGGCGGAGUCAAAUAUGGAUAUAAGUCGAAUGAUCAGAGAGGAAGUUACAUCCGUGUUUCAAUCAGAGAUGGGCAAUAUCAUGGAACGUCAGAGGGACCUUAUCCAACAAGUUCUUAAGCCACUUACGGAGGGCAAACGGAAGGAGGAUCAUGCCCAGUUUCCAGCCGACGGAUUUCUUGAUAGUACGGAGGGAGACAAAUCGCAUUCCGCGUCAUUUUCCCCGAAGCCUUCUACAACCUCACCAUCGUACCUAGGGCCUUAUGCAAAUGAGGAUGUCGUGGUAAUAGAAGUUAGGGAGAAAUCCACUCAACCACCACUUCAAAAUCCUGGUGAUGCUUCGAGUAGCGUGACCCAGCCCAUGUCCUCUUCUCAAAGCCAACCCGGACCCAGUCGUAGACAAAAGCCCAGCUUUCUACCCGAUGAUGAGACACCAGUCUGUCCCAAAUGCCAAAUUUGGCUGCCGGACAGAGACGCUCUGGAGAUACAUCUCGAUACUUGCUUACAAUGA